ACAAUUGAAUACAAUGCAAAUUAUGGCGGAAAGAAACGUGAAACAUCGUAAGAUACAUAUGUCACAUAAGUUUAAUGGUUAGCCAAUAAUUAACAAUUUUUUGAUGAUGCAUUAGCGGACUGCACUUACACUACUGUAUGCAGCAGCAACCAUUAUUUAAGAUUUUAUGAUACUCGGAAAGCCAAUCUGUUUGUAAGUGUUUAUUAAUUAAUAAAGUAUACCUGAGACUUGUAUUAUAGAUGGUUUUCCUUAAGUUUAAUGACGUUUAUUCUUCUAGAGGCCAUGUAAAUAUCUUGAAGCUUUAAAUAAUAAAUUUCAAGAUUACAAGGAUGAUCUUUUAAAAGGAUACAAGUUUUGCCGUCAUGUCCUAAAUCUUGAGUAAGUCUUUACUCUUUUUUUUUUUUAUUCUAAGAAUAUCUUUUUAUACAUCAAAUCUCAUCUAAUUUAAGAUAUUUUUAUAAAGAUGUCGAUUUAGUUAAAAAACUUUAAAUUUUUGAAUUUAAAGAGGAAUGGCUGUACAAGGCAAAACAAUCAAAAUUAUAAGCGGAGAUACAGACAAGCAUUUUCGAAGAUCUAUGGUUCCUUUUACAGGACCGAAGAUACAAACGCCAGAUAUUUCAUAUUGUCUGGAACGCAAGGCUAAAUCCCUAAACUACGGAAUUAUGGCAAAUGCGCAGAGACGAUGUUACACCAUAUUUCCUAAGUCAGAGCCAUACAAAAAUGCAGAGACACAGACGGAUUACAGAGAGAGUGAAGCACAAACUGAACCUUGGGAACCACCAUGUAAAUUUGUUUCAGGUAUAAUAACAAUUAUAUUGCAGUUAUACUGCAAUAUAGAGGUACAUAAAGUAGCUCAAUCAAAAAAUCGAAAUCGUGAAAAAGAAAAAAACAAAGUUAGAAACAAGAAUUUUCAUUUAGGUCACAAUCCUGAAAUGUUGACAUUGGCUCAUUUAACUUGGGAGCACGGACUACCCGCGGGUAUUCAUGAGGUACAUAUUAUCAACAGAAUGCGGAUAAAGAGAGCUUGGGAAGCUAUUCUCCCGCCGAUGGAUACGCCGGAGAACAUAAAGAUCCGAAAUUCAAUAAUAAUGGCUUUAGAUAUAGAAGAAUGGGCGUUUCGGGAGUCGGAGAUUCAAUUUAUAAUGGAUUUACGUCUGGAUCUGAUGAGGAAUCUCCUGCAAAAUCGUGAAUCAGAAUAUGAGAAAAAAAUGCAAGGUCGUUUUAAUAGACUCGAGAAUAAACUAGGGAAAUAUCGGGACAAUCGAAUCAUGACUAUCAGACAUAAUCUUAAACGAGAUCUGCGAAAAUUGCAUAGAAGACACCGCGACGAGCAGCUACCUCGCAAACCUGACAUAAUUGAACGACAUAUCGAUCCCAAGUCCGACCUAUAUGCACCGCAAAUGUGUUUCGGCGAACAUCCCCAAAGGCGGCAUGAAGUCUUGGAGAAGCGAUUCCAAAACAAAAGUUAUAUUGAACAAGAAGAUACGACGCUCAGUUGGCUACCAACUAUCGAGAAACCGAAACCAACUAAACGUGGACCUAAACCGAUAGAUAUUUGUAUACGAGAAACCAGGUGGACAGAGGAGAAACUGCAGCAGCUUCAUUCCGAUUUGAAGGCCAUUCGAAUGAAAGUUAAAUCCGUAGAUGAGGGUCCAAGAUUAGUAAAACGUAAUCACGAACAGCCGGUCACACCUCGCAGAUCGGGCACAUGGGACAAUACACAGAAGCAACGAGAAGAGUCUGCUACAUUUAUUCAGAAGCUUGUUAAGGGCAGAGCAAUACAAUGUUUAAUGUAUAAAGGACGCGAUAAAUGCAGGGAGCUGAUCGAAAAAUUGCAAUCAACUGAAAUGCUCAAGCAGGAGGAUCACAUUGAAGAGAUGCAAAUAAUACAGCAACUACAGGACGAUAAAUCAACAGAGGAAGAUCGUUUGCGUGAGAUUCGCGAUUCCUUGGAAGGAAAGACAGUCUGUGGAACAUUAGAUUUUCUAAGCAAGGAGUUGGUGAGAUUAGAAGACGAACGUAGAGUUCACGCUUUUGUACUACUUGCCGAAAGAGAAAGAUGUAUGAGAGAAGCCGCCGAAGCUGGCAGGCGCCAAGUGGAACGUAAUCGACGACGAGAAUUUGACGAAAUGUUCAAACAAAUUGUGAAAGUAAAUCAAGACUCGGUAGAAGCUUACUUGGAAGAUAUUGUGAGGGAACAAAUUGAUUGGAUAUCUGAUAAAGUGGCUAAAGAACGUAUCUUAGAAGUUUGCAAUACAAUGGAUGCUAUAUCGAAACAUGCCGCAGAAAACGCUGACAAAUUGUCAGAUGAGGAAUUGGUAGCGGAUAUGAUCUACAAUUUUGUUUUACCCGAAGUGGAAGAGCAUAACAUAAGAAAAAAAAUUCGCGAUCAACAACAAAAUUAUAUGCAGAAUGCAUUUUUAGCAAUUUAUGAGAAAAUUUUAGAUCUACCAUCUGAAUCAUCGAUUGAAUCCUCACAAGUUACAAAUAUUUACGAAAAAAAUGACGAUAUCCAAAUGAUUUAUAUGACUAAAGAUACGAAACAAGAUAUCGAGGCAGAAGAAAUAGAACUUUCAAUCUAUAAAACAGAUAUUAAAAAUGAAAAGCGAGCUAAUUCGAAAAAUGAUUCGGAAAUAAAUUCACAAAGCGAUUCCUUAAUGGAAACUCGAUAAUGUGUGUCAG